AUGAAGUCAUUCACUGCCCUCACCCUCGGCCUCGUGGCCGCUCCCAUGCUCGCCUCCGGCGCCCGCAUCAACGAGCAGGUCACCGUGACCCAGACCGUCACCGCCCCCCCCGCCGCCGGCACCCCUCCCCCCCCGGCCGCCGCCGCCACCCACACCGUCAUCGUCGGCGGUGACGACCUCGUCUACAUCCCCGACCAGCUCAACGACGUCCCCGUCGGCGACAUGGUCAUCUUCCAGUUCAUGCAGCAGAACCACACCGUCACCCAGUCCAGCUUCGCCACCCCCUGCGAUCCCCUGGACGGCGGCUUGGACACCGGCUUCCAGCCCAACGCCGACAAUGCCGUCUCUCCUCCUCCCCAGGUUGCUAUGCAGGUCACCACCACCGAGCCUCUCUGGUUCUACUGCAAGCAGAUGGGUCACUGCGGAAAGGGCAUGGUCUUCUCCAUCAACCCUACCGCCGAGAAGUCUCAGGCCAAGUUCAAGGAGCUCGCCAUCCAGCAGGAGGGCGACGCUGCCCAGUCCACCCCCACCCCCACCCCGGCCCCCCCUCCUGCCAACAACGGUACCACCCUCGUCGGCGGCGGCACCGGCGCCACUCCCGGACAGGGCCUCAUCGGCUCGGACGGGAGCUGCCACUGUGUGGUCAGCUGCAGCGCCGGCGGCUUCCCCGCCAGCUCUGUUCAGGGUCUCGGCUCUAUCGGCGGCAUGGCCGGCUCUCUUCCCAUGGGUGACGCCAGGGUUUAA